CUUAGUAGAGCCUGUGUGCGGCUAUCAUGCAGCGGUGAACAAACGGCGCUUGUUCUCGAUAAGUUUGAGAUAGCACAGUCAGUCAACAACAACCCUUGUUAUUCUUUGAGGGUGUUGCUCUGUCAUUCUUUGGCAGAUAUCACCUCAUUAUGUCUUUUCCCUCGAAAUACUACUAUUCAGUCGUUCUUUUAGUAGCAUGUAAUUUCGUCUUUUUUCGUGGAUCGGAUUUGAAGCCAAGCAAAGGUGAAACAUGUAGCUUCGGUGGACCCAGUGUGGAUGAGAACGGCGAAGAAACUCCGUGCUUCAGAGAUGGUUUAUACUCUGCCAUUUCAGAUGUACGACUUCCACGAAGAGAUCCUGUAGCCGUGGAUCACGUGCAAACCAUCCAAGUUGAUGAAGAGAAAACCUUGCAGCUAAAAACCCGAAGCGUAAAGCCGCCUUUGUUUGAAAUCCCAGGUGUGCUAAGCGACGAAGAAUGCGAUCCCUUGGUAGAACUAGCGAACACGAAUGGUCUCGAAGAUAGCACACCUGCAUUUAAAGGAGAGAGAGUGACGAGAGAGGGUGUGAACUCAACAUUGACAUUCAGACAAAUGGGAAUCUACUGCAAGAGAAUCAGUCGUUCCGACAAGAAUAAGGACGGAAAUAUAACUGUGCACGAGUUUAAUGAUUAUGUAUAUCGCGCAAGAAAUAUCUUGGUGACCCUGAAGGAUGUGUGGAGCGCUUACGAGACACUUCUCCUCGAAGGCGCUUCAUAUAUCACCUACGAGAACUGCACUAGGGUGAAUCGGACGCAGUUUGUAGAGUUUGUGUACCGUCUCUUCAACAUGUACCGAUUCCCUUAUUAUAACGAAAGACACAGUAUGCACACCUGGGUGGAGUUUAACAAAAAAGAUCCUGUGUUAGAGCGAAUUAAAAGAAGAGUGGCAGAGGUGACGCAGAUCUCUACGUUGCAGAUUGAACACAGCGAGGAUCUACAGGUUGUGAAAUAUCAGCAAGGAGGUCAUUAUUACGCCCACUAUGAUUCUUCCGUGGGUUCAGAAAUCCAGGAAAAGAGAUGUUGCCAGAAGUUUGAGGACCGAUCCCAGAGUUCUUGUCUCAUAUGCAGGUACAUUACCGUUCUGUUCUACUUGAACAACGUCACUAAGGGUGGAGAAACUGCGUUUCCUGUCGCAGAUCACGAAGAACUGUUGUCGGGAAAAAACUACUCCUCAAACCUCAGUAAAAGAUGCAAAAAAGCAAGCUUGAUCGUGAAACCCGUGAAGGGAAGCGCUCUGUUUUGGUAUAACCACGUUUUAGAGGAGGAAUCCGGAAUGAUGGGCGAGGUGGAUUUGUUAUCGUUACAUGGCGGAUGUGAUGUUUUUGAAGGAGAGAAAUGGGUAGCAAAUUUGUGGAUUAAUGCCCCUCGCGUUGAUCAAACUGUGUAACUUUUGCUGAAAGAACGGAUGAUGAGAUAACACUCGUUGAACAAAAACAGCGACACACGCAUCUGUUUUCAAUUAUAUUUUGUUGCUAUUAAUCUACGGGAAAAAAGUAUGGAAUUUCUGUGUCAUACUUGCAAUACUUACAAUGCCAAUAGUGUUAUCUGGAUCAGUUAUGUAUUGAGAGAGAAUAAUACAUUGGCGCGCGUAUAUAGGGAACUUCUCUUCGAGUGUUCAACUCGAUAUCUCACGAGUGAGAGAAGAGAACAAGUGUGAUUCCGAAUCCAAAACGAGAAAGGCUUGGGAAAGAAAAAUUUCUUAUCUACCAACAACCCUGUAUUAUUUUGUUUAUUAUAUGUACACCAUAGGUCUGUAUUGACAAGAAAAGUCGACUUUAACAAGGAACGACCUUGGAUUGAGAAUAGUGAACGGUUUGCCAUUCAUUCAACGACCUGACAGAGUGGCAAAAAAGGCGAGUGACGUGUCAGCAGCUGAUUGGCGAUAUCAAACACACGUAAAAAAUUAUCUUUAUUAUACGCAUGCGCAGUUAAAGCUUUUCUCAAGGAUGGUAAUUCUUGUAAUAAACAAAAUGAACCAGUCGCACUAUAAGAUGAAGAUGAACAAUGAUAUCAACUAAACUUUGUUGUACCGCCGGAUCAGCGCUUAGAAUCAGCCAAUCGAAGCCUAUUGACGUUUUACAUGGAAUUCACUGCAUUCAAAUCUCAUGUAAGUUCUGUGUUAGUAAUCCAGGUAACAGAAGUCCAAAUAUAUAUAUCUUGCAGUU